AUGGCACCCGCGAAGACGGCAAAGACUGAAAAUAAGCCCAAGAAGGAGAAGGUCUUUCACCCUGAAUCACGCAAGGCAGGACAAAUAUCACGAUCCCACUUUCGCAAAGGCAAACUAUCAGAGGCUGCAUCAAAACGCAACAAAAAGCAACUAGCACAAGCGGACGUAUAUGGGUUCUUUUAUCACGCGAUACCACCAGAAGGUGUUCUGUCUCUGGAAGAUCUCCACUCGAUCGUUAGGGAUGUUUGGUUGGUUAGACAUGAUGUUGAAUUAGAGCAUGAAAGGGCUGCAAGGCGCAAAGGCAGACCAAAGAGUACGAAGGAAAUGAAACUUGAAGAGAUCAAGUUGCGAGAGGCAGAGGAAUACAGGACUGGGAUGGAGGUUCCCGACCUGACCCACGAGCCCACCGUCGAGCUAUUUCGAAGAUGGGACCAAAAAGAGGUCGCGUUCAUAUACCUCCUUCGCUUUGUUCGCAUCUCUGGCGCAGAGCCUACAGUUACUAUACUGUCACGUCCUGGCACGCAUCAUACCGUCCUAGACAAAAGCAGCGGAGAUCAGCGACAAAAUCAGACACCAGAGAUGGAUACUGCUGUUGAUGAUUCGAUGCUAUCAGAACCUCCCACUCGGUUUGCAAGCACUAUCAUGGCAAUGGAUGGGCCACUAUAG